AUGGUAGGAAAUUUUAUUUGGUCGUUGUUGGUUGAUUCAGAAUCUUCGGAAUCGCUCUAUUCUUCCUCUGUGGAAGCUUGGUCCGAAGGAGACAAAGAGGAGGUGAACCAAACUGAAUAUGAGUUUGAGCCUCCAAUUCCUGAGUCUGAGUUCGAAUUGGAGCCAAUGGAAGAGAUGCCUACCAAGAAGCCCAGAUCGGAGAAGAGGAAGCGGCAAAGCAAGAGUGACAGGCCCAAGAAGAAGAAGAAGAUCCUAGAGGAAGAGGAGAAGGCCGGUGGAGACUACUCGAAGACUCUGUUUGAGAGGAUUUGGAGCAAUGAUGAAGAGAUAACGAUCUUGGAAGGCAUGAUUGAGUACUCCAAGAAAGGGCUGAACCCAUAUGGCGAUUUGAUAAGAUUCGUAGGCUCAAGAAAGUAUGAGACCAAUGUGGCCAAAGGGAAGAAGUAUAAUCAUGUUAAGCCUCAUGAGUUAAAGGUCUUUGACUUGUCUAAGAAGGUAUGGGGCAGCGGCGAAGGGUCAUUUGUGUUCGGUAGGUUGUCUGAAGAGUACAAGUGUAAUGAGACGUGUGCAUGUUUGAGAGAGCUGAGGUUGCUGGAGGGUUGCUUGGGGUCGAUUGAAGAACCCAAGCGAAGUGAGUUGAAGGAGGAGUGGAAGAAGCUGCAUAUUGCAGAAUUGGAGUUGCUUGUUAGAAGGAGUGAGUUCAAGAGAAAUAAGGCUAAGCUGAUUCUGGAGGCAUUGAAGUGA